UACAUAAAGUACGGAGAAGAUUGAAAAUUGCAAUAACGCACUACAACACUGAGAGGAGACAAUGGGGCGAUUUCCAUUACUGGUGGUCAUGCUAGCGUUUUUAAUUGUGGCAGUAAACGGAGGACAAUACGGAAAACCACGCCCACCAAAUCCACAAGGUAAACAAACAUACUCAAAACCACGCCCACCAAAUCCACAAGCAUUUGGAGUCUGCGCACUGCCUCUCAGUGUUGGCCCGUGUUGGGGAUAUUGUCCGCGUUAUUACUACGACGCCAGGCGAGGAAGAUGUCUCCCAUUCACUUACGGGUGUUGUGGAGGAAACGCCAACAAUUUUCAAAGACUAUCUCUUUGUCAACGUGUUUGUGAAUCGAGAGCUUGUCCUGCUAUAGCCUGUUUGGUGAAUCCCUGUCAAUUUGAGACCUGCCCGAAUGUUCCAGGAGCCGUUUGCCAUUCAAUAUGUGCCUGUCAGUCUGUUUGGCUGUACAAUGGAGAGGAUGUGUCUGGUUUUUGUCAUCGCCGUGGCUAAAAUGGGACGAACAAUAAAUUGGAAUAUAUAAGAAAUAUCAAUUAAACAGCCAAAUGCUAUUUUUGAGGAUUUGUAUUAAAAAUUGUGUAUCCUACUUUAA